AGUGCGCAACGGCAGAUGAUGAGGGAAUGAUUUUCUGAGUUGAUAGAGGAUAGCGUGUUUUACUCCCUCGCACGAGGGAAGACUCUUUCUAAAAGAACCGCGUCUCCAAUCUCAUCUCUCGACUUGUUAGAACCGCGCGUAAAAUUUGAUCAAAAUGGUGACAAGCGCCUCGACGACAGUUAUGACCCUUCUGUCUUGUUGUUACUGCGUGUUGGCCUCGCAGGUCUCCUUCUCCAACUUCUCUCUGGACAACGAGGUGCGCUCCAGCUUUAUCCAGCGGCGGCUGCGGAGUCAGGAGCGCAGGGAGAUGCAGCGGGAGAUCCUCUCCAUCCUGGGGCUGCCGCACCGUCCGCGGCCGCACGUCUACACCAAGCACAACGCCGCCCCGAUGUUCAUGCUGGAUCUGUACAACACCAUUUCUACAGACGCAGAGCCGCACGGAUACUCUUACUACAAGCCUGUUUUACCGACCCAGGCCUCCCCCAUGGUGACCCCACAGGACAGUCGCUUCCUAGAUGACGCAGAUACGGUGAUGAGCUUUGUCAACCUCGUCGUUCAGGAUCAGGAUCUUCUCUACCAGCAGCACCGAAGGGAAUUCCGCUUUGACCUUUCCCGUAUUCCAGAGGGAGAGGCCGUCACAGCAGCAGAGUUCAGGAUUUACAAGGAUUUCAUCCAAGGACGCUAUGAGAACGAGACAUUCAGAGUCAGCAUCUACCAGGUCCUGCAGGAGCCUCCAAAUAGUGAAGUGGAGUUGUUGCUGCUGGACCAGCGAGAUGUUUGGGCUGCAGAGGAUGGCUGGCUGAUUUUUGACCUGACCACCACCAGUAACCUCUGGCUGGUCAACCCUGAGCAGAACCUAGGCCUGCACCUGGUCUUGGAAGAUAGCCAUGGCCAGAGGAGGAACCCCCAGCUGGCGGGGCUGGUGACCGGCAAUGGACCCCAGGACAAGCAGCCCUUCAUGGUUGCCUUCUUCAAAGCCAGUGAGGUGCGUUUCCGCAGCAUCCGCUCUGCCCAUGGCCACAAAGGUCGCCAGUCUAACCGCUCCAAACCUCAGAGGACUGUUCAGGAUGCGCUAAAGGCAGUGGAGGCAGCAACAGAUAACCUUGGCAUAUCUAAAGAGGGAUGUAAAAAACAUGAGCUGUACGUCAGUUUCAGAGAUUUGGGGUGGCAGGACUGGAUCAUAGCACCAGAGGGCUAUGCAGCAUACUACUGCGAAGGGGAAUGUGCUUUUCCUCUCAACUCCUACAUGAAUGCCACUAAUCACGCUAUUGUGCAAACUCUGGUGCACUUUAUCAACCCAGAGACGGUACCCAAGCCCUGCUGUGCCCCCACCCAGCUCCAUGGCAUCUCAGUGCUCUACUUUGAUGACAGCUCCAACGUCAUCCUCAAAAAGUACCGCAACAUGGUGGUCAGAGCCUGCGGCUGUCACUGAUCGCUUGUCAACCUCCUAUGAGUUCCGCAAAUCCAGAGGGAUGCUUAAAAAGGCAGAGGUGGAGGAAGCAGAGACAAGAUGAUUGACUGCCUGGUCAUUGGGGAGCUCCUGCCACAGAACAAGCUUUAUUCUCUGGGACCGUUUUUAUGACCAGCAGCUGAGCCGCCCAUGCAGUAUUACAGCCCAAUCAGAAUUUCUGGUCACAGGGAAAAGGCUGAACAAAGGAUUUUCUUUGUUUCCUUUUAAUGUGACGAGAGAAAGUGCCCUAAAAAGACUCAGAGCUUUGUGGAGUCACUUCAGAAGCUCAAACAAAACAUGGAUCGCUAAAACAUAAUGUAAAACGUUUCAACCAUUUCCCCUGUAUGCAGAGAUCAUAUAGAGUACAACACAUAUCUGCUUUUAAAUUCUGUCACGAUAUCAGGCAUGAGAAUAUAAGAAGUUGCCUGGGUGGAAAUGUGCAUUUGAUAACAUAUUACACAGCUCAUAAAACUUUAAAUCUCCACCA